UUUCCGCAGGAAGUACCCGAGGAGCCAAGAUGGCGGAUGACUUACGAGAAGCAGGAAUUAGUUAGCUAUAUCGCUAACUCGCAGAAGCAACAUCAGAAUAAAAAUACUUUCUUUUCUCAGCGCAACCCCGCACUAACCACAUCUGCACUGGUUACAAUUUUCGGGCUCAGGGGACGUAUUUACACUCUUUAGGUGGGAAGGUACUAAGCAUGCUACCGAGCUGGGUACACGGGGUGGUUGUAGCUACCAGGUAACCAUUCGAUACGCGGCGAUGUCUGGGGCUGAGUGCCGGACGCAGUGCUGGUGGAAAAGGCACAUUGCAGAGCAGCUGAAGCAGAGGGAUCGGGUGCAGAGACAGGCCUUUGAGGAGAUCAUCCACCAAUACAAUCGUUUGCUGGAGAAGUCUGAUUUGCAAGCAGUACUGUCGGAGAGACUCCAGCCAGAUAAAUCUGAUCUCCAGAACAGACAUGAUCUCAGUCCCGGGGUCGACGCGGGCCGCAGCGACGCCCUGCUGCAGGAGAUGGCCCAGAUCCGAAUCCGGCACCAGGAGGAGCUGACCGAGCUGCACAAGAAGCGGGGCGAGCUGGCCCAGAAUGUCAUUGAACUGAACAACCAAAUGCAGCAAAAGGACAAGGAGAUUCAGAGCAAUGAGGCCAAGAUGCUGCAGUACCAGCAGCGCAUCUCUGAGCUGGAGGCGGAGUGCAGGGAACUGCGGAGCAGCCUGCAGGACCUGGAGCGAGCCAAUCAGACGCUGAAGGACGAGUACGACGCCCUGCAGAUCACCUUCGGCGCGCUGGAGGAGAAGCUGCGCCGCACCACCGAGGACAACCAGGAGCUGGUCUCCCGCUGGAUGGCCGAGAAGGCCCAGGAGGCCAACCGCCUCAACGCUGAGAACGAGAAGGACACCAGACGCAGGCAGGCCAAACUGCAGAAGGACCUGGCAGAGGCAGCCAAGGAGCCCCUGCCUCUAGACCCGGAUGAUGACAUAGAGGUUCUGCCAGAGGAUGCCCCUGAAGGGGCGGGGACUGCGGACACCUCACCCAGCCGCACACCCGGCCGCACCCCUAGCAAGCGUAAUUCCCAGCCUCCUGCCUCAGGACUCCUGGACUCCAUAUCCAGUAUCUUUGGCCUGUCUGAGUCUGUGAUGCCUGGACUCCACCCACCUGACUGCAGGCGGCGCUCCACGAACUCGUUCGGCGGUGUGUCCGACGGCACGGAGACGCAGCCUGGGGCGUGCGCGGAGGUGCGAGUCCCCUCCAUGGCCCUGCACACAUUCGACGCUCAUGAUGGAGAGGUGAACGCGGUGUCUUUCAGUCCCGGGUCUCGUCUCCUGGCCACAGGGGGUAUGGACCGGAGGGUCAAGCUCUGGGAGGUUGUCUCAGGGCGUUGUGAGCACAAAGGGGCUUUGACUGGCAGCAAUGCCGGGAUCACUAGCAUCGAGUUUGACAGUGCGGGUUCCUACCUGCUCGCUGCGUCCAAUGAUUUCGCCAGCAGGAUCUGGACUGUAGAUGAUUUCAGGCUGCGGCACACGCUCACGGGACACAGUGGGAAGGUUCUGGCUGCCCGCUUCUUGCUGGACAAUGCCCGCAUUGUCUCUGGCAGUUACGACCGGACCCUCAAGCUCUGGGACCUCCGCAGCAAAGUCUGUAUGAAGACGGUGUUUGCCGGCUCCAGCUGUAAUGACAUUGUGUGCACAGAGCAGUGCGUAAUGAGCGGCCAUUUUGAUAAGAAAGUGCGUUUCUGGGACAUCAGGGCGGAGUGCAUCGUGCGGGAGCUGGAGCUGCUGGGCCGGGUCACCUCCCUGGACCUGAACCACGACCGGACCGAGCUCCUCGCCUGUUCCCGUGACGACCUGCUGAAGAUCAUCGACCUGCGCAGCAACAGCGUGCGGCAGUCCUUCAGCGCUCAAGGCUUCAAAUGUGGAUCAGACUGGACUAGAGUAACCUUCAGCCCUGACGGUUGCUAUGUGGCAGCCGGUUCAGCGGACGGGACCCUGUUUGUGUGGAACGUGCUGACCGGGAAGCUGGAGCGGGCCCUGGAGAAGCACCACAGCUCUGCCAUCAACGCGGUGUCCUGGUCGCCGUCUGGAGCCCACGUGGUCAGCGUGGAGAAGGGGAGCAAGGCCGUGCUCUGGUCCGACAUGUGAUUGGCCGCCCGGUGCUCCUGCAGGACGAACGGCAACCUCUCAUUGGUAGCCAGCCGACUGUCCACCACGCCUUCCGAGUCCCCAUUUCACCUGUGACACUGAAGGACUCUCGAAAAAGCAUCUCUGACAUCAGCCAGCAGAGGAGACGAGGAGGACUUCCCCAACUUUGUAUUUAUGCAGAUUUCCAGGCCGACAGAGUCACGAAAUCGGAAUGAAAUGUGCCCUCUCCUACUUUCCCCCUCUGUCUAUUACUCUUGCUUUUUUGCACAGUGUGUGUUUGUUGAUUUCCAGUUUUCCUGCUGAUGGGAAUGUUGGAAAAUUAGUGUAAGACGAUGCAGAACUUUUCUUUUUUUUUUUUUUAAAUCAGGGUUUGUAAUAACUUCACUUACACCUUUUUUUUCAUUUUAAAAUAAUACAGUAUAACCAGUGUAGUACUUCAGUUACUGAACUUGCAUUGUGUUUGAAACUUUUCUCUGGCUUGCUCAAACGAGCAGCUGCCCAAUUAGCUGCAUUAAUAUUAUCACUGUAGUUAACCAUUUUGGCAAAUUCUGGUCCUUUUAGUUGGUGGGGGUGGGGGGGGGGGUGUUUUUAAAAGGAAUUUCGGUUUAGUCUUAACAGUUAACUUGGAAUACUCUUGAUGAAGUUGGCUCUUAAGUUGUUUACCUGGUUGGAAGCAUGCAUUUUUAUUUAUUUAAAAAAACAAUUGUUGUCUUGGAAUAUGGAAAACGAAUGUGAAACACACUGAAGUUGUUUUACGGAUGAAAAAAAGCAACAGGGUGCAAUUCAAGUAUCUUCUCCGUGAUGCCAAGUGGACCUGCUUCUGCUGAAAGACUGGAACACAGUGGACACCUCGCCCCUUCACAUGCUCACUUUGCUCAGGUUCCUAGUGGGUUACUGGGAGGGUGUGGGACGCUUUGCCCAUGGAUGUGUGUGAUUUAAAAUGACUGGUGGGUAGAGCAGUAGAAUCUUGGCUGCAACCACAGUGUGUUCCUCUCUACGUGGGAGAGCCAUUUGGCAUUGCCUGACCCCUCUUCCUGUACAUCUGUGUGUACGGUAUUGAGAGGGUAUUGUGAGCUGCAGUUUAGUGAUUGGUGGAGGGGGCAGUGUAAUGAGAAGCAGGGGGAGGGGUGGAGAGCAUGGACAGUGGCAGUAUAAUGAGCAGGGUUCAGCUUGGAAAAAAACUACAAAAAUGGCUGUACAAAAAGUAAAAUUGCAUAUUAUAUUCAUUGCAUAUCAAAUGCAAAUAUCAUUGUUCUUGUCCUUUAAAAGUUAGUUCCCAGUGCCCAUUUUGACUGUUAUGAAGGAGGCCGAGUAGGGCAGUGUUCCCAGUGUGUACUUGCGUACUACCUAGAACACACAUUAGUAUGGAACUUUGUGACUGCAGUAGCGGUUGCCAUUUCUAAGCUCAAGUAUAUGCGGGAUCCCCUGGUGUGUUUUCACAUGCUGGGGAUGACAAAAUCAGUAUGCAUUAACACUUUAUCCAUUGUUGCUUAUGUGAUGCUGCUUAUACAAUUCCAAUGAAGAGCGGUUAUUGAAAUUUUGUACAGUAUUAUUGUCCUGUUAUUAAUCUAAGAAAUAUUACAACGUACUGAUGGCCUCUUGUGUGUCUGUGUUCUCAAAAUACAUAUAGUUCAUAUGGCAUUCCAGAUGUAAACAAUUUGUAAAUAUUUGCCACUGUUCUUGGCAGUGUAUACUCCCAAGUGCUUGAGUGUGUAGUAUGCGUUCUUGCAUUGUGGAACGCAGCCUUGUUUGGUUCAGUUUCCCUCUGGCCCACUAGGGUGCAGCAGUGUAGCGCUGAUCUGGCCUGAUACACUGCUCGUUUGUGUUCUCCUUUCGGUUUUUGGUGUUGGAGCUGUGGGUUUUCUGCCUUAAAUGGACAGGCGUCUUCAUGACCUCUGCCCUCGGGCUGUUCUGCAGUAUUCCUCUUCUUCAUGUCAUUAACCUCCGGAAGCACAGUGAGGAGUUGGAGGGGCUAGGGGAGCAUGUGGGAGCUGCCCAUCAUCCCCAUAUCCUCUGCUGCAAUCACCUUCGGAACUGUAAAUUACAGUAAUGUAUGUUAAUUGUAUGUACACUAUAAAGAAUACAUACCGAA